AUGGAUUCUACUACCCCAACCCCAGUCCCAAUCUCAACCCUCCAAACCUUCACAACAACCACCCUCUCCCUGCCAACCGCAACCCUAACCCGCCAAUCGAAAAUAGAAGGCGACGACCACAUGAUCUACCUAAUCACCGAAUCGCCCUCCCACAUCCUCCGCGUCACAAAGCCACGUCCAGGCGAGAAUCGCCUCCUCCCCGGCUUCCAGAUGCAAGCCUUCGACAUCGCGAUCCGGGGACUCAUCCGCGAAGAAUACCUGUCCCGAGGGCUUGACGCGGACUUGAUACCCGCUUCUAUUGGGCAUAAAGUGAUGAGUGAAGAUGGGGUUUAUGCGGCGUCUGUGGAGACGAAAUUAACUGGGACUGGGUUACAUUUAGAUGUCGAGAAAAAUACUUCUGAGGCGACGGUCCGGGGACUGGUGGAGUUGAUGCGUGUGAUGAGGGGGGUUGAUGUCCGGAGCUUGGAAGAGAGGCUAGGUGUUGGGUUUAGUGUUCCUUCUAUCCCGUUUCCGGACUUAAGAGUGUGGAGGGAGAGGGCUAUUCUGGGUUGGAAGAGGCUGAUUCGACUUGGACAGGUGGAUUAUGGAGAUCAGGCGGAGGCUGAGGGGCUGGUGGAGCGGAAGACAGAGUUUAUACAGCGGAUUCGGGAUCUUUCCGAUCAUUCGUGUCAGGUGUUCAUUCACAAUGAUAUUAAGGGGGAGCAUAUUCUUGUUGACGGCUGUGGGCGGAUUACGGGGAUAUUGGAUUGGGCUGAUGCUGGGAUUGGGUGCGCGGCAACGGAUAUUGCGGGGUUGGUGUUGACUGUUGGGACGCGGUUGGCGACGAGGAUUGCGGCGGAGGUUGGGUAUGGGGAGGAUGAGAUUCUGCGGGGGGUGAUGCAGGCGAGGUGUGAGUGUGUUUCGAGGUUGGACGAGCGGUUGAAUGGGGGCGAUGAGUUCAGUCCGAUACCUUUGCUGAAGGAUCAACUUGCUUUGUCGUUGGAGGAGUGCGAGCUUGUUUGGUGA